CACUUUUAUACCAAUAACUUUUUAUUCCAUGCUCUCAAAGUCGUUUCUAAAUAGGUUCAAGCGACUGGAUGCAUAUGCAAAGACCUUGGAUGAUUUUCGUAUACGUACUACUACUGGUGCAGCAGUUACAUUGGUUAGUACAGUCAUCAUAGUAUUCCUUGUAUUGAUAGAAAUAUGGUCUUAUUUGACUCCAGUAUUCCAACCAGAAAUUGUUGUAGAUGGUGGAAAGAUGGAAAAACUACCAAUCAACUUUGAUAUCACUUUUCCCAAUAUCCCGUGUCACAUGCUUAGUUUAGAUAUUAUGGAUGAAAGUGGACAACAUAUUAGUAACUAUGAACAUGAUGUUUUCAAAGUACGGUUGGACGAAAAUGGAAAAGAAAUCAAUACCGAAAAGCAAACAGUACUUAGCAAUCCUAACGCAGCUGAUGAUUUGGCUUUUCAACAACAACAAAAUGAUGAAAAUUAUUGUGGACCUUGUUAUGGUGCUGCUCCUGAUGGUGAAUGCUGUAAUACUUGUGAUCAAGUCAAAGCUGCAUAUGCAAAAGCAUCAUGGGCAUUCAAUCCAGGUCAAAUAGAACAGUGCAUAAAAGAAGGUAUUGUCAGUGCUCUUGGUGAUAUGGCAAAGGAAGGAUGUCGUAUGCAUGGUCAUCUAUUAGUCAAUAAACUUCGUGGCAAUUUUCACUUCUCACCUGGUCCAUCCUUUACCUAUGGCUCCCAACAUGUCCAUGAUGUUCGAAACUUUUUAUUUUCCAACUAUAACUUCAAGCAUUCCAUUAAUCAUUUACAAUUUGGUGAUCAAACACAUCAAGUACACAAACAAAAACGAACUGCAGCUCUUGCUCUUACAAAUCCAUUAGAUGGAACCAAAUGGGGUGCUGAUGAAGGUGUUGCCAUGCAUCAAUUCUUUUUGAAGAUUGUACCUACUCAAUUCAAUUUUAUUAGUGGUCGAUAUGAUCUUCGUACAUUCCAAUAUUCUGUUAGUCGGCAAGAACGAAAUCUGGCACUGCAAUCGGGAGCUUCCGGUGCACCGGGUGUAUAUUUCCAUAUGGAUUUCUCUCCUAUGCGUGUGAUCUAUACAGAAUUGCAUAAACCGUUGGCUCGUGUGCUUGUCAGUAUAUGUUCAAUUAUUGGUGGUAUUUUUACUGUAGCAAGCAUUGUGGAUGGAUUCCUAUACAAGGCUGGUUCUCAAAGGAAAAAUCAAAUGGGCAAAUCAUUAUAACAGUAGUAGAGUAGAUAGUUAAUACUUUUUAUUUGAAAUAAAGUUUACAGUUGAUCGAUCUAUUUUGUUUAUGGAUCAUAAAAG